UUUUCCUUCAAUUUCACCAAGAGAUGAUUCGAUCAUACCAUAGACAUGAGCAACCUCAGCAUACAAUCUUUUCUCUUUCCUUAUCAAGCCAAGAACUUUUACAUUUUCACUUAAAGUAGGCACUUGAUGGAUUCCCUUCGGCACAUCUGAAAUGCCAGCAUCACUCUGCUUGUGCCUUGGGGCCAUUAUUAAGUAAAAUAAUGGUGACUUGAACUCAAGCCCUGAGAUAUGUCAACAGUUGAUCUGACAACCGAGUGGCUAACUAAUGAGUGGGAUGUGGAGGGACUAAGGGAGGAUUCCUAUCCCAGGACGGGGCAGCACAGCACGAGAUUUCAUCAUCCUACUCAGAAUAGCAUAUGAUUUAAAACUUAGGAGUUAUUUAAUUCUGGAAUUUUCCAUUUAAUAUUUUUGGUCAAUAAUCAAGAGCUAACAGAAACCACAGAAAGGGACACUGCAGACAAGGUGGGGAUGACUGUACUGACCAUGUCGUGUGGUUGCCUUUAGGUGGUAGCUGACCAAAAGAAAGCACUGGAAGAAGGGACCACUGGGAGCAAAAAGCAGUUGUAAGAUGGCGCAUCUCUUCCGGGGUGAGGAAACAUAUGCAGCAGAGGCACUGAAGGAGAAGAUCAGAGACUCACGGCCCCGGGACGGGGACAGGGACGAUGCUGAGGUGAUCUUUGUUGGAAUGGAGCAUGUCAAGGACGAUGCUGAAAUCCUCUGUGUCCGAGUGAUUUCCAGUUCAAAACCGGUCAUUUCUAACAUUUUGAACAGAGUGACCAAAGACUCACAUUCCAGAAGAAAGAAAGGCCAUGUGGCGCAAGGUCCUGCUUGCACACUGCAGCCUGCAAAUCGUGUGACCCUGACGUCAAAGGCAAUGGCCGUCUCUUCAGCUUCUCUAUCUGAAUGGGGAGAAAUAGACAGUCAUACUGGUUCUGAGCCUCUGUCUAAACCUGACUGUCACAACAGCUCACUGCCAGGCAUGCUCCCUGAGUCUUCAGAUUUGCUUUCUCCGUGGUCUCAUUGUCUACAUGGAGCUGCACACCCCACAGGAGGCAAGUAUGAAAGUCCUCGUGAUUUAAAGCGACUUUCAGCUUCAGAUGGAAAUAUAAACAGUGGGAAUCCCAAAAGACUGAAACUUGGCGAUGGAUUCCCAGGGGCACAUUCCUCAGCUGCGGCCCUGCCAAGCCUCUCUCCCACAAAGAAUAUGAGUACGGCCUCAGAAGGUGUCCCAACCCCAUCGAGCCAUGCGCAGGGUGGGCCAUCAUUUCCGUGGGCUCAUGCAACUGACAAAGCGCAUUUCAAUCUUAUAGAUCCAGAUGGAGCAUGUAGCUUGGAAAAGCUGGAAAAAACAGACUUUUCAAGCCAAUCAAGUCAAAACGAGACUGUGGAUCCCAAGAAAGGAAGUCUGAUCAUGUUACUUGAUGACUUUUACUACGGACAGCACACCGGAGACGGGCAGCCAGAACAGAAGACUCACACGACCUUUAAAUGCCCCAGCUGCUUGAAAGUUCUAAAAAAUGUCAAGUUUAUGACUCACAUGAGGAAUCAUCUGGAACUUGAGAAGCAGAGAUGUGAUGGCUGGGAAAUCCACACCACCUGCCAGCACUGUCACCGCCAGUCUCCGACUCCCUUCCAGCUGCAGUGUCACAUUGAAAGUGUCCAUACUGCCCAGGAGCCCUCCGUGGUCUGUAAAAUUUGUGAAUUGUCCUUCGAAACCGAUCAGGUUCUCUUACAGCACAUGAAGGACAAUCACAAGCCUGGCGAAAUGCCCUACGAGUGUCCAGUUUGCAGUUACAGAUCGUCAGCCUUUGCGGAUGUGGAAGCACAUUUCAGAACAUGCCAUGAAAACACUAAGAAUUUGCUUUGUCUGUUUUGCCUCAAAAUUUUCAAAGUGGUGACGUCCUACGUGAAUCACAGUUGGAGGCACUGGAACAAGAGGGUCUAUCGGUGUUCCAAGUGCCGGUUACAGUUUUUGACUUUCAAGGAGAAAACGGAGCACCAAACCAAGAAUCACCAACCAGUUAAGAAGCCAGAGCAACUGGAAGGGUUGCCUCCUGAAACAGAAGUCGUGAUCCGAACUUCAGUUCAACCAGGAUCCAGAAGGGCAGCAUCCAUUGUCGUGAGCAACACUGACCCCCAACUGUCACCUGCAAAAGCUGAAAAGGAGAUGGCGACAAACAGGAGAUAUUCCAGACGCAUUGCGGCCAGGGCUCUGGCUGAAAAUUAAGUCCUAUCUCCAGGAAUUCUGAAAGGCUGAACUGAGGCUGGGCUAGCUGUAUGCCCUGGCUCAGAGAUGCCAGCAAGUGAUGUCCCCCCGUUGGGCUUUACAGUGACUGGGAUUCUACCUUCGCCAUCACUCUACUGUCAUGUACAAGUCCCCAUGCUCUUUCCUAGUCACCUUGUCCUCCCCAAAGUAACCACUGCUCUGACCACCAGAGAUUAGUUCUUCCUGUUUCUGAGAUUUAAGUAAAUGGAAUA